AUGAAGAUCAACCUGUCUUCGGACGACAUCAACCUUCUGGUGUACCGUUACCUGAUAGAGAACGGGUACAGCCACACGGCCUUCGCGUUCAGCAAGGAGGCCGAAAUACACAGGAAUCCAUACUACAACAACCAUGCGGACAAGCUGCCGCCGAACGCGCUCGUCUCCUUCAUGCAGAAGGCGAUGAUAUACAUCUACCUGGAGUACCACACGGAUGACCUCACCGGUGAACAGAUCGUGUGCGAGGAGCCCUUCUCGUUCUUCCGGAAACACGCCUGCUUCCGCAAACUGGGGCAACAAAACGGCCUGCCAAUAAAGGAAGCGUUGCAGCUCGCUGCAGAGCAAAAUGAAAAGGCACGCGAGGCCGGCCGUAGUGGAGCGAAAGGCGCCAGCAGUGCGGCGCCUAAAAAUCGUUCAGGUAUAGCAGAUGCCGACGGAAAUCCUCACGUUGGAAACUCGCUGGCGCAACUCCCACCCAUCUACGUGGGACCGCCGCAGAGGAGACUGGCAGACAGGUGGCAGGUGGCCGGCUACAUGUGUCUGCUGGACUACGGCCCUAAAGGCACCGCAGCGAGUGCACAUUUUAACCCCGCACUGCCGGGAUACAUCGCAAAGAGAGUGGAGGGUGCGCCGCCGGCCCUGUACCGUGUUUCGAAGGUGAGCAGGAUCAGGACGUGCCAGAUCGUGCCCCCCGCCGUUAAACUUACCGAAGCGGCCGGUGGCCCGGAGGGCGUAGGCACCUGCCUCAGGUGGAGGUACGACGGGCACGUGCUCUGCGCAGGCUACGAAUCGGGCGCCGUUGUCAUCUGGGACACCAAAGGCCGCCGGCUGUGCGGAGGCAGACUAGGCAGCGCGCCAAUAACGGCUGCGGCGUUUUCAGGCAACAAGCGGUUUUGGAACGAGACUGACGAUGCCAACACCGUAUGCAAAUUGGCGGCGGGAGACGCGGCAGGCAAUAUCCACGUGUUCAAGGUAGAAGAUGGCAUCCACCACGUCACUGUGUACAACCAGGGUGCCGUGGUGACAGAAAUAGACUGGAGGGACCACGAGGUGUUCACCGCAGCCAGCGCGGACGCGACAGUUCGCAUCUAUAACACCGCGACAAAUGCAAGCGCAAUCGUACAGGGUGCCGUGCAAUCGAACCCGCAAUUCAUGGAGUGGGGGCCCACGGGAAAGUGCCUGGCAAUGAUCGAUAGCACGGAAGUGCUCAAAAUAUACAAGCCGGACGGUCACGGUGCACAGGGCUAUAUAACAUCACUCAAGGCGCACACCAAAAGCAUCAUCGCAGCGUCGUGGCAGUAUGGGCACCACUCAAAAUCCGUGAACAAACUAUGCACCAUCGCCAUGGACAGGCAACUGCUAGUUUGGGACGUCGCCGCCGAAACUGUGGUUUCAUCCAUCCUCAUCGACCAGGUCCCGACCACCAUAACGGUCAACGCGUCAGACACGUUCGUCGCCGUGGGUACGUAUGGAAACAUGAUCAAGGUCUUCAACCUCCCUUCGCUCACGCUCAGCUGCUCAUUCUGCGACCAAAGCCUGCCAACCAGCAUUACGUGGGCAGCGGAUGACGCGCAUAUCGCAUACAACGUGUACAACCAGCAGAGGACACCGGUGGUACCGGUAACCACCUCAGCUUCCUUCGUCGCUGACUGA